CAGUUUUCCGAAGAAGCAAACAUUUCUUCUUGGUGAAGCGAAGUUGCAGUACGAUUUCCAUAAGGAGCUCCUCACUUGCGUGCGAAAGAGAAAAGGCACCAGGAUCUUGAAGCAACAGAGGCCCCUCCUGAAUAAUCCCCCAGGUGAAGCGAGAGAGCGUAUGCUACUCCCCGCAGAAAGAACACAGUGAAUGUUAGUCCGGGGCAGCUGUCGUAAGACUGCGCUCGCAGGGCGAUGAUUCCUCAUGAAGUCGCUGGAGCCCCUGCAGAACUCCAAUGUGACUUUCCGUUUAUCAGACUGAAACCAGACCGAGCCAGACAGUGAAGCCGCGGCGAGCGGAGGGGCGGGGGGACGGUGAAAGAUGAAAUCGAACCAAGAAUGCCUGCCUCCCAAGAAGCGUGAGAUCCCCGCCACCAGCCGGCCCUCCGAGGAGAAGCCAGCGGCCUUGACCAAGGAGGACCCUCGGGCGGAGGGCUCGGCCUGGGCCUCCGGUGCCGGCGGGCGGCCCGGACCGGGGAGCACCUCGGCGGAACUCGGCCUACAGCAGGGAAUGGGGCUGCACAAGCCGCUGUCCGUGGGGCUGGACUACUCUGUCCCCAGCACGCCUCGCUCUGUCCCGGCCGGCUCCACCCUCCCCGCCGUCUUCCCGCCCUCCCUGGCGCCGUCGGGGACGCCCGUGUCCCCGGUGCAGUUCGCCCACCUGCCUCACACGUUCCAGUUCAUCGGCUCCUCGCAGUAUGGCGGGCCCUACGCCACUGGCUACCUCCCGUCCCCGCUCGUGUCCCCGACGCCCGGCCCGGGCCCGGCCGCCCCGGCCCAACGCUCCCAGCUGGAAGCCUACUCCGCGCUGCUGAGCGGCGUGGGGAGCCUGGGCCAGCAGCUGGGCCCCAAGGCGGAGCCGCCUCUGCUCAGGACCCCGGGGCUCGUGGCCGCCGGGUCCCCGCCGCCCGCCCCGCAGAACCAGUACGUCCACCUGGCCGGCACCUCGCCUCAGGGUGCCGGGCCCAACGUCUCCCCUCCGGCCGUCCCGGUCCACCUGCACCCUCAUCCGGCGGGGGGUCUCUCCCACACGCUGGCGCUGGGCCCCUCGCCUCAAGUGGUGGUGCAGUACUCCGACGCCGGUGGCCAUUUUGUCCCCCGGGAGCUGCCCAGGAAGGCCGAGGGCGCCCGGCUGCUUCAGCAGCAGCAGCAGCAGCAGCAGCAGCAGCAGGCCGUUGCCGCCGCCGCCGCCGCCGCGCAGGCGAAGGAGGUGCUGAACGGCGAGGUGGACAAGGGCCGGCGCUACGGGGCGCUCCCCUCGGCCGGCGGGAAACCAGCUCAACAACACCACCACCACCACCACCACCACCACCACCAUCCCACGCCCUCUCCCCACCACCACUCCCACCCGUCCCACGCCCCCCACCACCACCACUACGAGGCCCGCCACGUGGUGGUCCACCCAGGACCCGCCGACUACGGCAGCCGGGACUCUCCAGGCGUCCGGGCCUCCGUCCUGCUCCUACCCGGCGGCGGCCCACCCUCGGCGGAGCCGGACCCAGUCACCGCGGUGCCGGGCACCCAACGGGACGUCUCCCCCGCGGCCCUCGACGAGCAGGGCGGGCUGCCCCCGGUGAAGCCCGGCCCCCGGGCCUUCGCCCCGUCUCCCCAGCAGGCCCUGGGCCCCGAGGGCACCAAGGCCGGGAGCGCCCUGCCGCCCCACACCGUCAUCCAGACCGCCCACGGCACCGCGGAGCCCCUCCCCGUACACCUGCCGGCCACCGCCUUCUACACGGGCGCCCAGCCCCCAGUCAUCGGCUACCUGAGUGGCCAGCAGCCGGCCCUCGGGUACGCGGCCGGCCUGCCGCCGCACCUGGUCAUCCCCGGCCCCCAGCCCCUGCUCAUCCCCGUGGGCGCCGCCGACGGGGACCCGCCCGGGGCCGGGCCGCCCGCCCCCGGCCCUCACGCCUUCGUGGCUGCCGCCCUGCCCAAGGGCGAGGGCUUCGGGGCGGAGGCCCUGGGAGCUCAGCCCGGCUACCCGGCCGCCGUGGUGCAGGCCCAGAUCCACCUGCCCGUGGGGCCGACCUCCGCGCCGCCCCCCGCGGCUCCCCCGCCGGCUCUGCCCCCGUACUUCACCAAGGGCUCCAUCAUCCAGCUGGCGGACGGCGAGCUGAAGAAGGUCGAGGAGCUGAGGACGGAAGACUUCAUCCAGAGCGCCGAGAUCAGCAGCGACCUGAAGAUCGACUCGAGCACCGUGGAGCGCAUCGAGGACGGCCCCCGGCCGGGCAUCGCCCUCAUCCAGUUUGCCGUCGGGGAGCACCGGGCGCAGGUCAGCGUGGAAGUCAGGGUGGAGUACCCUUUUUUUGUAUUUGGACAAGGCUGGUCCUCCUGCUGCCCGAACCGAACCAGCCAGCUGUUUGACUUGCCGUGUUCCAAGCUCUCGGUCGGCGACGUCUGCAUCUCGCUCACGCUCAGGGAGCUGAAGAACGGCUCCGUGAAGAAGGGGCAGCCCCCAGACCCGUCCGGCCUCUGGCCGAAGCGCUCGAGGAACGCCGGGCUCGCCGGAGGCAGACACAGGUAUGGAGAGCAGGAGAACGGGAUUAAUCAGGGAAGCGCACCGCCGCGGGCGGAGAACGGCGAACUCAAGUUUCCGGAAAAAAACACGUGGCCUGCAGCCCCCUGGCCCGCCAAAACCGAACCCAGCAAGCCCCCGGCCACUAGGAAGAGGAGGUGGUCCGCCCCGGAGACCCGGAAACUAGAGAAAUCCGAGGAAGAGCCACCUUUGACUCUUCCCAAACCUUCUUUUAUUCCUCAGGCGGUGAAGAUCUGCAUCGAAGGCCGAUCCAGUGUAGGCAAGUGAAGGGGGAGGGGAAGGGGAGCGAGGCUUCUCCCUUGUCAUUUUAUCCAGAUUACUGUACUGUAGGCUCAAUAACCCAGUAUUUACAUGGUAUCAUCUUAUUUUAGGUUUCUGUUCUAACCGUGCGGUUAGCGUUGCGGGCCGUCUGAGGCAGGACAUCCGUGGGUGCAAUUUGUGUGCUUCCCGAGGGUCCGGUUAGCCGGGGGUAGGGUGGGGCCGGGGCUGGGGGGACCGGAAGGUGCGUGACGGGCAGAUUGGGCCGCAGGCCACGGGCCCCCUGAGUGGAAACCGCUGUGGCAUCACGGCUCCCGCAGGGCAGAAACACCAGGAUGUACGGCCGUCUUAGGCCCGUCAUAGUGAGGCCGUGGGAAGGGAACUUGUGAAUGAGCGUGUGUGUUUUGCGUGUGUGCGUCUGUGAGUGUGGGUGUGUGCCCGAGUGGUUAUAAAUGGGCAUCUCUCUCUCUGCCUCACUCUCCUCCUCUCCCUCUCCUUUUCUCCCACACUCCCUCCUCCCCGCUUUAUCUUUC